AUGGAGAUCGAAUCUAACCCAAAGUAUUGCAGAGUUAUUAGAAGAGCAUCAUCCGAGGAGGACCGGCUGAGUAGCCUCCCCGACGACGUCCUCCACUCAAUCGUCGGCCGGGUCCCCCUCAAACAAGCCGUCCGCACCAACGCCCACUCCACGAGGUGGGCGUGCCUGUGGCUCCACGCGCUCGCGGCCUCCGCCGUCCUCGACUUCACGGACUGCUGCUUCGUCCGCGGCCAGUCCCCGGGGCAGAUCGUGGCCACCGUGAACCGCUGCCUCGUGGUACACGGCGCGGCGCCCAUCGACGUGUUCCGCGUGGCGCUGUCCCCGUUCGACGCGUUUAGGCGGGACGUCGUCCGGUGGGCCGCGGCCGCCUUGGGGAGAGGUGCCAGGGAGGUGGGGGUGGACAUGACGCAGCACGCCGACGGCCGCGGGGCUCUGGAGCUUCCCGGGGACCUCUUCCAGGCCAAGAGCUCCCUCGCAGUGCUAAGCCUCGGCCGGUGCAGCCUCUGUCACGUCCCGCCCGGUGCGGCGGGGCUCGCCGGCCUGACAUGGCUCUCCCUCAACCAAGUCGACGUCGCCGAUGAUGCUGUCGGGGACGUGGUCUCCGAGUGCCGGCUGCUCGAGUUUCUGAGCCUGAAGAGUUGCCACCUCCUCGUGUCGGUGAGGGUCGCCGGCGAGAGGCUGCGGGGCCUGGAGAUCGUGUGCUGCCUGGCCAUGCGCCACCUGCAGGUGGCCGAGCCCAUGCUGGAGUCCGUCGCCUACCACGGCGACGUCCUCAUCUGGAGAGAGGACGAGCCGUCCGGCUUGGAGUUUGUUGGCCUAGGCGGCAGUGGGGUGCGGUCCGAUGCCAGGCCGUUGCUAAAAGACGUGCACCUGUCCCACAUUGGCUACGGCGAAUACGACCAAGAAAUUCACGAGUUUGCGUACUCAGGCUUCAUGGAACAGGUUGCGCAUGCCAAGAUUUUGACACUUUGUUCCGUGGGCUUUCUGCACAUGGAAGAAGCGCGAUCGUUGGCUAUGGGCGGUGUGGAUACCCCGAACUUAGAAGAAUUGCAGCUGCUCUUGGACUCCAUGGGCGACGACGAUGUUACUCGCUUCUCCGGAUUCUUCGAGCUCGUCGCGGCGCCGCUCCUCGAGCGCCUCUUUAUCCGGAUAAGCUUCCUGAUACACAAUCCAUUCGAACCUGAAUUUCCAUGGCGUGCGAGGCCGCCUCUAACAAGCUGGAACUUGCAGCUCCCAGACGCGUGCGGCGGCACGGCGGCGACCGGCGAGGAUGCGGAUAUCCUUCUCGACUACGAGAUCGCUCUCGAUCACCUGACGUUCCUCAAGGUGGUGAACUUCCGAGGGACUAGGCGCGAGCUGCGGCUGCUAAGGUUCGUCCUGCGCAGGGCUCCUGUCCUCGAGCAGUUGGUGCUCGUCACCCCGGAAGACGUGGGAACUCCGGGAGACCAUGAACAGCAGGAGAGCGUCCGCCUGCUCCUUAAGGUCGUCCAAGAGCAUGUGUCAGAGAUCAGCAAGGCGUGGCUCUGGCAGGAGCCCCGCGUCACCGUGUGCCGGCCGAGGGAGGACGACAGCCGGAGCCCUGCGCACACCAAGUACUACCACCAUGAUCGGGCGUAGUUCAACUAGAGCUAAUUAAGGGACCGGCUAAAUACAAGUCAGACUGAUUUUAUAUUUUGGGUUAGUCACUUUUUUGCACCAUAGGAGUUCAAAACAAGGCCAAAGAUAUCGAGAACGGAUUAUCUAGCAUGCACGGGAUAUCCCAUGCAUGUUGUGGCCCCAUGGUCAGGUUGUGUGUCAGUGUAAAUAGC